AGUGACGACGACGGAACAGUACUUUCUACGUCGGAGUGAAAGAAAACUUUCGGUCUGCGCGAGCUGGCCGUUUCGUGGAAGUAGACGUGGAAAGUGGCUACAGCAACACAGUUUACAAAACAAUUUUAUAGGGCAGGAGGUUUAUCGGAAAGCGAUAUCAGAUUCGUGUUAGCAAACAGACGUCGGUUCUCGUGACACGAUGGCAGAAAAGCGACGUGCCAAGAAGCGGAAGGAUGAGUACACCGGACCCGGAGGAUCAGAGCAGGAUAUCGAGAAAGCCUCCAAAGAGGAGUACAAGGUGGCGAAAUGGCUCAAAUCGAACGUACCGACGAAAAAGACCAAAUUUUUGAAUCACAACGUGGAAUAUUUCUCUGCCAUCAAAGCUGUCGAUGCACUGCUUGCGUCAAAGUUUGCUCAGGGAGACAACUGUCUCUUCCCUCACCGGCAAGCCGUAAUCGAUUUUAUGGGGGAUAUGCUGUUUCACAAAUUUUUCCACCGCGCCCGAAAGGUCCCGGUUAGCGAGCAGGAGCUGCGCGGGAAGGGUAGUAAGAAGGCAGUGGACGGCAAGGACGCUGGAGGUGGUAAGGGAGCAGCAUCUGUAAAGGACGAGCGCGCCACCGAUGCUGAGAGCAGCCAUGCCGAGGGCAGCAAGGUGGAGAAGGUAACAGCGGAGGUGGCAGAAAAGAGAAAGCGUAAGAUCCGGCUAGAGAUGCACCCGGAACAGCUGUUCAUCGAUGGACACGAGGCGUACGUUUGGCUGUACGAUCCGAUUCCCAUGCACUACUGGAUCUUCGGGGCGCUGCUGGUGGUGGGCGCUAUCGUGAUCUGUCUGUUUCCGCUAUGGCCACCGCUGUUGCGAAAGGGUGUCUACUAUCUGAGCAUAGCGGCGGCCGGGUUUUUGGUGUUCAUCCUCGGCCUGGUCGUACUGCGUUGCAUUAUCUUCUGUCUAAUCUGGGUAGCUACCGGAGGAAAGCAUCAUUUCUGGCUUCUGCCAAACCUAACCGAGGACGUCGGCUUUUUCGCCUCCUUCUGGCCAUUGUACAAUCACGAGUACAAAGAUGGCCAACUGGGCAGCGAUAAGGGUAAAAAGUCGAAAAAAAGUCGAAAACGCGAUAAGAACAGCGGUGACGAGGAGGAACCCACCGGAACCAGCAUCCCGCCGACGAUCGACGAGGUGAAGGAACGUGACACAGACGCGGAAAGCGCCAGCAAAAAGACGCCGAAGGCGGAAACCGAAGGCCUACGAAGACGAGCCGGUAAAGAGCCACCACCGGUUCCUGCUCCUCCUGCCCCGCCAGUCGUAACCGUGGAAGAGACGAUCUAUGAAGAGAAAAACUCCGCUACACCAUCAGAGAGCGAUUCCGAAGGUUCGCAACGCUCCUCGACGGGGAAAGACUUCGAAAUGGUGGAACCGGACGAGGUUGACACCUCCUAAAUAAACAUCAACACAAUAGACCUACUGAUCGUUCUCUCACGCUCUCAUAGACGAUUUUCUGUUGAAAACAUUAAAAAUCAAAUAACUCAAAAAACAGGCCACGUGGUAGUAUUUACUUUGCGCCGGAAAACAGAAACAAAACGAAGAAACACACACACUGAGGCACACUUCAACAUGAUCACCAACAUCGCUAUCAUUGUCAUCAUCAUCAUCAUCAUCAUCACAACCGUUUUUGGGAUCUUUAUACAAACUAUGAACGGGCUCAUAACUGGAAUUAAAAAUACUAAAUGUUCGGCCGCUUCGGUGUAUGCCUGACGACUACCCAGACGCCCUGUUUUCUAGCGCGAGCGCGGAUUGCAGCCGGCACCGGGGCCGAUUAGUCGGUAGGCUGCUAGCUGCAGCCGGCUCCGGUGAAGCGAUUGGUCCAGCACGCGCUGGGCUAAAGUUAUUACCGAACAUUUGAUAAUGGUCCCCCCGGCGCUGGCACACGCGGUAUCAACAGCAGGAGGGGCCCGCUGUGUCUGUGUGCUUCGGCUACUGCUUCCUAUCAGCAGCUGAGUUUCAGGCGAGGCGAGGUUUAAGAAUGAUCGUUGGUAGAAUACGAUCUUGGCAGCGCGUGGAGUGAUUGUGUGUUUUUGUUGGGAUGUGGUAACUAGAAUUUUGCCAAACUUGUGGCCACAAGUGCACUGGACUGUGGCAUGUGGUUUGUACUGCCGUUCGCCAAAGCAGAUGAUGCGUUCGGUGCUGGAUUUGAACAGAAAAACUAAUGAACACUAAUUUGAUGACGUGACGUCCUUAACACUAUUACAGGCUGAAAUCUUACCUUUAUACUUGUCACAUGAGUUGAAGAUCUGGACACACUAUGGCAUUUGCUACCGAGGCAGCUAGGAGAGACAUUAUUUUAUGCAACUGAUGUUGUGUUUGGUAGGGAUGAGUGUAUAUUUAGCGAGUAAAUUAUAAUGAUCAUAGUGUGUAAAGCCGGACGAAGUUAAAAUGUUAGUGUAGAACAGGAAAAGCUAGAUCACACAUUCAAUCGAUACGAUCAGUCCCAAAUUGUGAAACGUUUUCAAUAGCUCUAAACGGCUUCGCCUCUAUUACCGUAAUCCAUCAAAAAUGCAUUAGCGAAUCCGAAACAAAACAGCAAAAAGUCGACUCAAAAUCCACCCGAGAGCGUCCCGGCGACGGCCCGGCUCCGCAUUAUCACUCGCCAACCCCACAAUUCCCCCCAUCUAGCAGUGAGUUAUGUGCGUCCGCUUAUCACGACCUCACUUCCGCGCUUUGGUUGAUUUUUUGGUGCCUUUGUAACUGCCUUUUUUUCUUUCUUCAAUCGAACCAUUUGUGCAUUUUUGUAAAGUCGGAAAGGUUAGGAGACGUCGUGCUAGGGGUUACAACUACAAAAAAACCCAUCCAAACAAUCUAAAACUGAAAACAAAAAAAAGUUUGAACACAGCCGACACUCGCGAAUCGAUUGGCGAUCCUCUUCGCCACCAAGUUCGAGACA